AUGGUAUCAGCCUUAUCUAUAAUAGGGGUCCUCCUCCUUGCCCUUUUCGUUGUCUCGUACAAGACAGUGCCCCUCGCCUAUCCCGUCCGCUUCUACUUCCAAGUAAUCAGGUCGCUCGGUGCAUCCAAGUUCUUCACCAAGCAAGACGCAACAAAACACAACACCUGGGGCUUCCGCGAUGGCCGCGACCUCUUUAAAUUCGUCGAUUUGAAAUCGUCGUGUUCAUUGCUCGAACUUGACUUUUAUCUCCACAAGAGUAACUCGACUUUUUUCUUUGAUCUCGAUAUUGCCCGCACAAAGUUAUUGACUCAAGUGUUUCAGCAAUUCUGGUGGUACGCGUUCGAGAACAGGGACGGCAAGAUGGGCAAAGGCCAGCCUUACGCGGUGGCCAACUUCCCCUAUACUCCCGUGGCGGCAGUGCAAUGCCAAUUCAAGCGAGAAUUGAAGCUUUUCGAAAAAUUCACCAUCAAAUCAAGGGUGUUGGCCUGGGAUCAGAAAUGGUUAUUCAUAUUGAGUGUCUUCACCACCAAGGACCGCAAGAACAAGGAGAAAGUCAACGCGUACGCGUUGACCAAGUACGUCUUUAAGAAUGGCAGACAAACUAUCCCACCGCCUGACAUUUUGAAACACUGCAAUUUGCUCGAUGAGAAGAGCGAGGCAAUCAACAAGGUCAAUUAUGAAUUGGUUAGAACGAUGGUUGAGACUGAAAACUUGGAAGCCUUAGUUACAACAGCCAUAUAA